AUGGAGAACUCCGAGUCGAUUGUCGGCGGCGGCGUGCCGCUGUCGGUCGAGACUGCUGCCGACCCGUCGCGGGUCCGUAUGGGCCCGCCGCCGACAUCAGCCGGCCGCCGACUGGCGGUCCACCCCGCGCCGGCGGCCCGCCUCCUACCGGUGGCCCGCCUCCUACUGGUGGCCCGCCUCCUACCGGUGGCCCGCCUCCUACCGGUGGCCCGCCGCGCGCUGGUGGUCCGCCCCGCGCCGGUGGUCCGCCCCGCGCUGGUGGCCCGCCCCGCGCUGGUGGCCCGCCUCCCGCCGGUGGCCCGCCCCGGACUGCAGGCCCCCCCCGGACGGGCAACCCUGCGAUGCGGCGUGGGCCCGGGCUCGAGCGCGGCGCCGCAGCCGCCGCACGCAGCUUCAGCUAGCAACGGACGGGCGUCGUCGAGCACCGGCCCGCCGACGGGCUCAGCCAACUUUCGGUUCGGCUCUGAGCAGCACGGCGGCGACGGAGUCCCGCGGCCGGUCAACGACGAGUUCAUUCUCCCGCCUGACGAUGUGGCGCAGCAUCCGUCGCUGGGCCCGAUGUCGUCGGACCCGUUCCACUUCCGGCCGACCAUCCACGCGGUGCCUGCGACCGAGGCUCUGCUCAACUCGACGGGCCUCACGUUUGGUGCUGUGCUCUCGCCGUUUGCAGAGAAGCCUGACGAGGAGGUGCCAACGGUACAGCAGACGCGUGCCGGGAUUGUGCGGUGCCGGCGGUGCCGAUCGUAUGUGCAUCCGUUUGUGCAGUGGCUCGACCACGGGCGCAAGUGGCGGUGCUCGGUGUGCCACCUCGUCAACGACUGCCCCGAGGCGUUCCGCGGGCGGGUCGACGAGCGCGGGCGACGGGUCGACGCGGCAGAGCGGACCGAGCUCUCGUGCGGGUCUGUCGAGUAUGUGGCGCCAAAGGAGUACAUGAUGCGCGCGCCGCAGCCGCCGACGUACGUGUUUGUCAUUGACGUGUCAGCGACGUCAGCGGCGUCGUCGAUUCCCGAGGUGGUGGCUUCAACGCUCUCCAACUCGCUGGAGGACAUCUAUGAGGACGAGCGGGCGCUGGUGGCGUUUAUCACCUACGACUCGAAGCUGCACUUUUACGGGCUCGACUCGGCGUUCAUGCAGCCGCGCAUGAUGGUCGUCUCCGAAUUUGCCGACGGCGUGGAGCUCCCUGCGCCGACCCCGCGCAUGCUUGUGCGGGCGUCUGAGGCGCGCGAGAACAUCGAGCACCUGCUCGAGGGCUUCCCGACGAUGUUUGAGGACAACCAAGACUCCGGCGCGGCGCUCGGGCCCGCGCUGCAGGCCGCGUUCUCGAUGGUGGGCCACGUCGGCGGCAAGGUGCUUGUGGUGGCGGCCGGACGGCCGUCGGUCGGCGCCGGCGCGGUCAAAGCGCGCGACGAGCGCAAGGCCAUCGGAACGGCCAAGGAGUCUGCGCUCCUCACGCCUGCUGACAACUUUUACAAGCUGCUUGCUGUCGACGCCGCGCCGCUCCACGUCUCGUUUGACCUGUUCAUGCUCGCACAGCGGCCGUCGGAGCUCUCGACGGUCUCGUCGCUCUCGCGGCACACGGGCGGCAAGGUCUUCUUCUACCCCAACUUUUCGCUCUCCAAGGACGGCCAGCGGGUGUCGGCGGACCUAUCGGCGAUGAUUACGCGGCCGACCGGGUGGGAGGCGGUGAUGCGGAUCCGUUGCUCGCGCGGGCUCAAGAUCACCGGCUUCCACGGACACUACUUUGCGCGGUCGUCAGACCUGCUCGCCCUGCCCAACGUGGAUGCGGCGUCGACGUUUGGCGUCACCAUUGCCAUCGAAGACUCUGCACUCGAGGGCGCGCGGUCCAAGUUCUCUUACGCUACCAUGCAGGCCGCGCUCCUGUACACGGCAUCCAACGGCGAGCGACGCAUUCGGGUCCACACACUGGCGCUCCCGAUUGUGGCCGAGCUGCCAGCGGUGUACCAGGCGGCGGACGCGCCGUGCAUGGCGGCGCUGCUCCUCAAGAUGGCGACGCUCAAGGCUGAGUCGUCGACCAUCGAGGAUGCGCGGUCGGCCAUGCUCAACAAGAUGGACGAUAUCGUCAAGUCGUUCAAGAGCCUCUCCAAGUCGGCCGGUGGCUCGGGCCAGCUUGUGCUCCCGGCCUCGCUCCGCCUUCUCCCGUACUACACACUCGCCGGACUCAAGAACCGGGCGCUGCGUGUCGAGGGGGCCGGCUCGGUCGACGGGCGGUCGUUUGCGCUCACUCGCGCCCGCACUCUCCCGGUCCACUACCUUCUGCACACCAUUGCGCCGCGGCUCUUCCGCGUCCAGCCCGGGCCGGUCAACCCGCAGCUGAGCAAGCUUCCGCUCACGCUCUCGCUCACCGCCGCGAGCCUCGGCUCGGACCACGUCAUGCUCCUCGACACCAUGUCGGCGCUCUGGCUCUGGGUCGGCCGCGACACGCCCGGCCCGGUCAUCCGCGCAGUCUUUGGCAUGGACUCACUGGCCUCGGUCGAGUCGACCCAGCUCCGCCUCCAGCCGCUCGACAACGAUCUCUCUGCCCACGUCUUUGCUAUGAUCUCGCUCAUCCGCUCGCAGCGCGACGAGUACAUGCCCGUCUACAUCGUCAAGCAGGACGGCCGCUACCACGCCUCGUUUUGCUCGUUCCUCGUCGAAGACCGCUCGUCGUCGGUCAUGGCCUAUCCCGAGUACCUCCAGGCACUUGCCAAGAAGAAGUAG